AUGGACCAGCAAUCCGUUUCUGCGCUGACCGGCCGGCUUGAGAGUCUACGUGUCUUUCAACGAAUGCAGCCCACUACUGAUGGGGAAAUACCGUCGCAAGUUACACCGAUCCAGCUCGUGGAAGAUGCCAGGUGCGGUCAGUGUGGCGGACACGGCCAUUGGCACGCGACAUGCGACUUUCUCGAACAUACCGGGCUGUCAGGACGCAUAUUGCCCUCGCUUCCGCGACUUCCUGACGACGAACUGAGGUUUCACCUGUGUCUCCCGUGGACGGUGCUCAGGUGCGGCAGUAUACUAAGAUCGAACUCCUCCAGCCUACAAACUCCGAAGACCAUCGACGAUGCGAUAUGCUUGCUGCUCGACUUUACCGCUCACCUUGCCGACUACGCAAAAUUCAGGUGGCUGCAAUAUCGCAUGCUGAACAACAUGUGGUGUUGGUUACAAACGUUCCUGGCCGGAGAAGAAUCCGAGGCGACUUCAGCAGAGGUCGCAGAUCGACUGAACGAUUCGAGGCACAUCUCCAAGAUUCUCGCAGCCUGGAACGCUCUUGCAGAGGAGGCAACCCGAUCGCUACGAGAGCUCAUUGGCAAUCUACUCAAGGCCUUGAAAGAAUUCGAAAGGGCAGCCAUCAUCAUGCCCAUUGCCUCGAAGAUGACUCGGUUUAAUCAGCCGCCGAUGCCCGGUCUCGAAAACAAGCGCAGAGUCCUCUACUCAGAGGUCUGGGACUAUAUCAUCUCCGGCCAGCUGGAGCAGAUACUUGCCACACCACUCAGCCAACAAGCAUACCAGAGCCUGCUGACUGAAGUCUCCGAUCACCGGGCGACGUAUACAGUGCGACAAGCGGAAGUCGACCGAAUGUUCUGCGACUCGGUCACCAGCUACCAGGAGGGGCGCAGAGACCCCAGGUUCCUCAUAGCUUUUGCACUCCUGAAGAUUCUUGCCCUUGAGAUGGACGCCGGAGCACUGGAUGCACUAAGGGCCGAGGACUUCGCCUGGCCCGAUCGGGAGGGUCUGCUAAUGAGGUGGUCCCGUGCAAUGAACGGGCUGGAGCAGCUGCAUGUGCAAGAGGCCGAGCUGGGCAUUACGAGCUUGUUGGAUACCAUGUCACUUUGA